GGCCACGGCCACAGGCUCCGGACACCUUUCGUCCGUCGGCUACUCCCGCCUCACCAUGAACGUCCUGAGGCUGGCACUCGUGCUCACCCUGCUCGGUGGCCCCCAGGCCCUGCACAUGCGCCCCCAGGACCCCAACUUCACUGAGAAUCUGGUCGAUGGCAAUUGGUUCUCGAUAGCACGAGCAUCCAAUGAACCGAAACUCCUCAGGACGGACUCAGACACGAUGUUCUUCAUCCACAAGAUCCACGUGACCUUCAAGACCAUGCAGUUCCACGUCCACAGAAGGGUAAAGGGUAGGGGUAUCCCAACUGUACUGACGGCAAGUAAGACGAGAAGGAAGUUUCAGUACGUGCUGAAGCAUGCUGGCCACAACACGAUCUUCAUGGAGAAGGCGGAUCCCCACCGCUUUGUCACCUCCUGCAUCCACAACAGGAGGCACAGGAAGAAGACGGUGAUGGUGGGCCUCCUCACAUCAAGAACGGAAAGUCUUGAGCGACCCCAUCCUUGCAUCCACUCCUGCCUACAAGCAGAGAGACCCUGCAGUGGCCGGUGGCCCCCACGCUGUACCUGAGGCCACCGGGGACACGGUGUCCCACAAGAGCAGUCAGGACCCCCACCGCGGGCUGGGACAUCUUGCACACGUUCAAGAGUUACUGCCGGAGCCACGGGACCGGCCCGACCGACAUCAUCAGCCUGACCCAGACCGGUAAGCGCCCACCCCCAGCCCGGCCUCGGGAGGCCGCAGGGGCUCAGCGUGGACCGCCACUCAGCACCCGUGCCCCUCCUGCCACAGAUCGCUGCCUGCACGCCCGACCGUAGAGAGGCUGCUGGGCCCGGGUGAGCGAGCUCUGAUCCUGCAGGGGCUGCGGCGUGGGGGCCCCUCGAGGCCGGGUGAAACGGCAAGUGCUGCUCCACGGGCACUGACCACCUACCAUGCCAGCGGCGGGGUGUGGCUAAGGGCUGGCAGCUCGGGGAGACUCCGGCCGCCAGGGCCACGGUCAGGACCCAGAGCGGGGAUGCCCACAGGGUCCCCUGAAGACUGUGGGGGCAGUGCCGGCCUGGGGAUGCCCACAGAGUCCCCCAAAGGCUGUGGGGGCCUGGGGCGCUGGGGGGGGCCUGCUGCGAGGCUCGGGGCCAGUCUGCAGAAGGAGACCGGGGGACAGGAUCUGCCCCAUCGGUCCCCCACCCCCCAAACCCACGCCGCCCCUCUCGCUCACAGGAGCGUCUCCCACGCCGGUACCGUCCCGUCGGAGGACUAGAAGUUCACAGUCCACGGGGGGAGCCCUUCAACCGCUCCCCUCCCCCAGGCCCCCGUUCCUGGAGACCUUUCCUGGCGUGCCCAAUAAACACC